AUGGGCUACAAGAGUAAUUACAAGAGUAGUGUGAAAAUACACCAAUUUAUCAAGCAAAAACCAGCUGCUUCCGUUGCCGGUUCAGAACCUAUGGAGGGUGAUAUGCUGAAUGCCAUCGAGAGCAUUUGCUUGGGUUGUCUGGAAAGGUUGCAAAACCCUCUAGUGCCAGCAGACGCCGUCGAGUUGGCCCAGGCGGCUAUUAACGCAGCUGAGGAUUUAAUUGUCGCUGGUGCAGACGCUUCGAACGUUAACGUUUUACAGGGUGCUGUGACAGCUGCAGUUAAGUUCUUCGCAGCGAAGAUCCGUGGGGCUCAACGAAAUGGUUCCCCUGAGGCCCCGGCUGAAACAGUGAUUGGUGAGAUCCCGGUGGCUACAUCGCCGGUCGCAGCUCCCAAGUCAUCGUUGAAACGUCGUGCUUCGCCAGUUGAGGAAAUCCGGGGUAAUAAGCAGGUCUGCCUUGGUGACAAUUCCUCAAAUGACACUGGCCAAGCUGAGGCGGAUCUGUUUUUUAAUCCCUGGGCGGAAUAA